AUAUAAGUAAGUUCUAUGUUGAAGUUAUGAUGUCUCCAGUUGAAAAGACGCCUCCCGUCUGUCAUUACCAACUAGAAGUGCUUGAUGACCAUGGCUUGUUUCCCUGUAAACCAUCUCUAACAGGUCGAUUUGUUAGAAUACGGAAACAAGAAGCAGAACAUGAUGACAUUGCCCUGUGUGAAGUGGAGGUGUUUGGGACGAAAAUAGUCGACACAGAUAACUUGGCAUGGGGGAUGCCUACAUUUCUGUCGUCAGAACAUAAGGAAUCGAUACCUCAUGCAGCAGUUGAUGGCAUCUUUAACUGUCAUUUAAAAGGAUCAUGUCAACAAACAGCCCCGGGUGACAAAUGGCCAUGGUGGAGGGUGGACCUGCAUAGGACAGCGAAGGUUUCAGAGGUCAAAAUCUAUACGUGCUACCAAUGCCAUUCUUGCGAUGAUAAUCUUUUCGACUUCUAUAUUGAAACUAUAAUGGACUUCGACCACGAUCCUAAUGUGUGUCAUCAUCAGGUAUCAAAGGUCAAUGAAUCCGGCACAUUCUUCUGUAAACCUGCCCGGGACGCGCGGCAUGUGAGAAUCCGGAAGGAGGGUCUGAAGGAAGACAACGAUGCUAUUGUCUUCUGUGAAGUGGAAGUGUAUGCGCACAGUACAGAGAAUCAUGUUCCUAAUGUAGCUGUAUUGGUAGAUAGUAAAACUGCGUGUGAAAACUUAAUGAAACCACCGAAACCAGGCGACGUAAUUGGCUUCAAGUGUCCCCCUACGCCGCUUGCUAGUAGUAUACAGAUAGUGAAACACCCAGCAUACGAUGGGGACACACUCUCGAUGUGCGAGGUUGAAGUGUAUGGAACUCCAGGAAAUCGGAACUGGGCUCUUGGUACGAAAGGAUAUAUAGGUGAAGCUCAUGGAAACAAUACAAAUAAUACAAUAUUGCAUCCAUGGAAUCACAUCGUUGACGGCGAUAUCUCCAGUCAAUAUAACUCAACAGCAUGUCCUACCUACUUUUCAUCCUACCCUGUCAUUCUGAUCGUCGAUAUGUAUGAUAGAUACGUGCUCGUGGACAAGGUCGUGUAUCUGGCAGCAAGUGGUAACUUGGGUUCUUAUACGGUCGAGAAUGCUGUUAUUAUACUUUAUAAUUCGGACACAAAUGCUCGCAACGCAGUGGCAUGCAAGACUGGCCGCCAGAGGUUCGACGCGGGAUACUAUAUUACGGCGCUCUGUUCAGGAGAGGCGCGUGUAGCGAAUCACGUGAUCCUAGAGAAUGAUCCUAGAUUGAGAACAAUGGCAAUAUGUGAGGUGGAGGUUUAUGGGGAGUUCAAAUAUCUGAAAACUCCUUCCAUAGGUUACAGGCACCUGCCUGAUCCGUGACACAAAUGAACCACACUUGCAGAGUAUUCGAAAUAUGUUCUCCUUUCUCUUUAAAUAUGUACUUUCUUUUUAUUUGAAGUUUUAAAAACUGUUUACUUUUGGGUUUUAUUUCGUGCAACAAGUUGAAUUAAAAAUAUGCCUGAAA